UUUUUUUCCUUAUAAACGACCACAUCAUUUUUUCUUCAAAAAAAAAAGAAAUGGAUAAUAGAGAUGAAAAUAGAUUUCCCGUGCGUGGUGAAGAUGAUCAACCGCCACCAGAACGACAGGAAAUACCGCCACAACAGCUGAAUGAACUUGUUGCGCCACAGCGACCCAACAAUCCGGACCAAGAACGUGCAUUGCAUAUGAACCAGCUAGAACAUGCAUUCCGUGCCUUUCGAGCAUUAAUGGACGGCGGACAUGGCCUGGAUCUGAACGCAGUACGACAGGCUGCUGUGGUUGCUUUGCGUAAUGCUCGACCAGGACUCCCUGACGGGCGAAUCCUGGCGCAGGUGGACAACGUUCUGGAGUCUAUCGAUCCGGCUCCCCCACUUCCUGUACCGCAUGGAAUUGGAAAUGUGGAAAACAUCAACCACGUCAACAACAAUGCCAAUGAAAACAUUAACAAUGAACAAAAUUAAGUUCACUUAUUGGACUCCAUUCAUUUCAAUAAAAAAAUAUUUUUUUUCCUCGUAAAAAACGGUUUAUUUCAAAUA